AUGGCGUCCAUCAAUCAACUCCCGAUUGACGGCGAAGGCGUUUGCAUGCUAUGUAAAGAAACGCCGUCACAGGAGAAGAGAGUCACCUGCGUUACGUGUGUAACGCCCUGGCACAUGGAUUGCCUGGAAAAUCCACCUGUUACGUUAUCGUUCGUCGUUAACUUUGAGUGUCCUGAUUGUGCCGGGACAGGUCUAACAGGGGCGGCUGCGCCGCCGCCUGCUUCCGCCGGCGGAGAACUAGUGGCGAAGAUUCGGGAGAUCGAGGCGAAUACGUCGAUGACGGAAGAAGAGAAGGCGAAAAGGAGACAAGAGAUAGUCAGUGGAAAACAACAUCAGAAUAACGAAAAUGAAGAAGAUGAGAAUGAAGAAAAAGAUGUGUUGGCUGUGCUUGAUGAAAGCAUCAAAUGUCCCUUUUGUUAUAUGCUUCUAGAUAGGCCCGUAACGUCAUCCUGUGGCCAUAACUUCUGCUUAAAGUGCUUUAAGAAAUGGAUUGGUCAAGGUAAAGAUAAAUGUGUCAGGUGCCGUUCUCAAAUUAGUCGCCAAAUGAUUGAUCAGCCUUGUAUAAACUCGGCAUUAGUGACUGCCAUAAGAAUGGCGAAGGAAUCGAGAACGAAUAAUGCCCCCAGAAGGUCUCAACCAGCCUAUCAUCAGGUGAGCGAGGAAGUCCGUCCUGAUAACCCAUUUAUUAGGGAAGGGGCAGCUAAAAGGGCUGGAAUGGCUAAUGCAUCAAGCGGGAGAAUAUUUGUGACCGUCCCUUCGGAUCAUUUUGGCACAAUAUUGGCCGAGAAUGAUCCGGAGAGAAAUCAAGGUGUUUUAGUAGGGGAGUCGUGGACACAUCGCUUGAAUUGCAGGCAAUGGGGUGUGCACUGGCCCCAUGUGGCCGGAAUUGCUGGACAAGCAAAAUAUGGUGCGCAAUCUGUGGUGCUCUCAGGUGGAUACGAAGAUGACGAGGACCAUGGAGAAUGGUUUCUCUACACUGGAAGUGGGGGAAGGGAUCUAAGUGGCAACAAACGAACGACUAAGGAUCAAUCAUUUGAUCAAACAUUCACCAAUUCCAACGAAGCUUUGCGAGUCAGCUGCCAAGAAGGUUAUCCAGUUCGUGUUGUUAGAUCCCACAAAGAAAAGCGUUCAUCCUAUGCUCCACAGGAUGGUCUUCGUUAUAAUGGUGUGUACAGGAUAGAGAAGUGUUGGAGGAAAAUGGGAAAACAGGGGUACAAGAUGUGUAGGUACUUAUUUGUGAGAUGUGACAAUGAACCUGCCCCGUGGACGAGUGAUGAGCUUGGGGAUAGGCCUCGGCCCUUGCCAGAAAUUCCUGAACUUGAAGAGGCACUUGACAUUUUUGAGAGGACCCGCAGUCCUUUAUGGGAUUAUGAUGAGGAAGAAGGUAGGUGGAAGUGGAAGAAGCCACCACCGCCCAGCCAACAAAGAGUUGCCUUGAAAGCAUUUAAAGGACAAGCAUUUAUAAAGGAAAGGGAAUGCCAAAAUGGGCGAAAGCUUCGGACAAAGAAGAAUUUAAUGAAAUGCCCAGCUUGCCCACUUGACAUAUCUGAGUUUUUGCAAAAUCCUAAGGUUAAUAGAGAGCUGGAGGAUGCCAUUGGGAAAUUAAAAAGAGGAGUUUGA